AUGAGUCCAGACGCUCUGUGUCGAAUAUGUGCUUCUACUGACACUACACUUGAUAUGGUGGACAUUUUCGAUGAUUAUGAAGCCGAAGAGCAUAUUGCUGAUAUUCUGCUGGAGCUAGCAGGAAUAAAGGCAACUAUUGAUGAUGGAUUUCCUCGAAAUUGCUGUACACGAUGUCAUUCCGACCUUACCAGCGCUGUAGCCGUACGAAGGAAAUGUAUUGAAUCAGAAAAACUCUUCCAGGCAUCUCAAGUCUGCUACUCUCCUCUCAUCGAUGAUCACUCAGAUAAUGACUCCAUUAUAUCUUCUGAACAGGAGCAAACUCCAAGUUACCAUUGUUACGAAUGUGUAAUAGAUUUCUACAGCUCGGAAUCGCUUAAAGAACAUUAUCAAUCAAAGCAUGCCAACGCUAUCCAUGGUUGGAAAAGUUUCGGAAUUAGUGAAAUUUCCUUGUUCGAUACAACUGAUGAAGAAGAGAAUGAAAUAAUAGCUACCGAUGUAGAGUCAAAGCCUGAAAAACCAUCGUCCAAAAUGUAUUAUUGCUGUGGAUGCUUAUUGAUGUUUGAUACAGAUAUCGAACUGCGACAGCAUUCCGAUGCGGUACAUGCAUCAAACGCAAUGCAGAUUAAUGAAAUUCGCACAUUUCAGUGCAACAUAUGCUAUCGUUUGUUUACAAAUGCAUGCGCGCUGGAAAAUCACCAAAAUAUUGAAUAUUUCACACGCUUCCAGUGUGCAACAUGCGGAACACUGUUCGGCCAACUGGCGCAACUAACGCGCCAUGAGUUUAAACACAUGCGUGGAAAAUUCACGUGUGAUAUAUGUGAUAAGAUUUUUUCUAAUCCAGGAUCCAUGAAUAGUCAUAUGAAAAGGUUUCAUACAAAUGCGAAAGCUACUAAAUCGCAAGAAAAACACAUUUGCAAUCAGUGUGGAAAAAGUGUUAGUUCGGCUGCGUAUCUGAAAACACACAUGCGGCUACAUUCUAACGAGGAACCAUUUGCUUGCACCAUAUGUGAGGCCCGUUUUAAACUGUACAGAUAUUUGAAAUGGCACAUGGCAGUGCAUAACGGGCUGCACAAAUGCAAGGAGUGUGACGCUUCAUUCAAGAGUCCAUCCGAGCUUCAGGAUCAUAUGAACAGCCACGUCGGAUCAAGGGAGUUUAGUUGCACCUUUUGUGGUAGCAAUUUUUGUACGAAACAAAAUCUUUGUAAGCAUAUGAGAAAAGUGCAUGGCCACUACAAAAGAAAGAAAAUGUAGGCUUUAUUUCAAUGCGGCUCGUUAACUGUGCACUAGUCACGUGUAUUUCGUUUUAAACAAAAUUAUCCUAUUUUUAUGACAAUUAGUAGACCAUUCGGCCAAUAAAUUUCAAAAAUAUUAUAGUUUUCAAAACAUGGUUCAUCAAAUUUGGUCCGAAUUGUAACGAACAUCAAUAAAACAUCUCGAUUUCGUUAAAAUGCAGAGCUUCGUUCGCAGCGUGACA